AUGGUACAAACUAAGGACUCGUCCAAUGAUAAUGGCAUCAAAGAUGAUGAUAGUCUGCCUAUAUCCAUGAUACAAGUUGAGGAGUCAUAUAUGUCUAGUAUGAGUAUAAUAGCCAUGAAAGGUAACAAGUGGCAAGACAAGCCUAAAUCUAUGGUGCAAACUGAGGACUCAUCCAAUGAUGAUAAUACCAAAGAUGAUGAUAGUCUGCCUAUAUCUAUUAUGCAAGAUGGGGAGUCGUAUGUACCUAGAAUGGAACAAAAGAGAAAAAAAUUAGUGAUCUUAUAA